GCCUCCUGCUCUUCCCCGGGGAUGUCGGCCAAGAGGAAAGCCGACGCGCUGAUCCCGGCCGAGGAGAGCGACCAGCUGCUGAUCCGGCCCCUAGGUGCUGGACAGGAAGUAGGAAGAUCAUGUAUUAUCCUGGAGUUUAAAGGAAGGAAGAUUAUGCUUGAUUGUGGAAUUCACCCUGGUCUAGAAGGAAUGGAUGCUCUUCCUUAUAUUGAUCUGAUAGACCCAGCUGAGAUUGAUCUCCUUCUGAUUAGUCAUUUCCACUUGGAUCAUUGUGGAGCAUUACCAUGGUUUCUACAAAAGACAAGUUUUAAAGGAAGAACUUUUAUGACCCAUGCCACAAAAGCAAUUUAUAGAUGGCUUCUUUCAGACUAUGUCAAAGUUAGCAAUAUAUCUGCAGAUGACAUGUUGUAUACGGAGACAGAUCUAGAAGAAAGCAUGGACAAAAUCGAAACAAUCAACUUCCAUGAAGUAAAAGAGGUUGCAGGAAUCAAGUUUUGGUGUUACCAUGCGGGCCAUGUUCUGGGAGCUGCCAUGUUUAUGAUUGAAAUAGCUGGUGUGAAGCUUCUGUACACAGGUGAUUUCUCAAGACAAGAAGACAGGCACUUGAUGGCAGCUGAGAUUCCCAAUAUUAAACCUGAUAUUCUUAUCAUUGAGUCCACCUAUGGUACACACAUCCAUGAGAAACGGGAAGAGCGGGAGGCAAGAUUCUGCAACACUGUACAUGAUAUUGUAAACAGAGGAGGCAGAGGUCUCAUUCCUGUGUUUGCUCUAGGAAGAGCACAAGAAUUGCUUUUGAUUUUAGAUGAAUACUGGCAGAAUCACCCUGAGCUACAUGAGAUCCCUAUAUACUAUGCUUCCUCUCUGGCAAAGAAGUGCAUGGCAGUGUAUCAGACCUACGUCAAUGCCAUGAACGAUAAAAUCCGCAAGCAGAUCAACAUCAAUAACCCCUUUGUAUUCAAGCACAUUAGUAAUCUGAAGAGUAUGGAUCAUUUUGAUGACAUCGGCCCCAGCGUUGUCAUGGCUUCCCCUGGUAUGAUGCAGAGUGGCUUAUCCCGAGAGCUUUUUGAGAGCUGGUGUACUGACAAAAGGAACGGCGUCAUCAUAGCAGGAUAUUGUGUUGAAGGAACCCUCGCCAAGCAUAUAAUGUCUGAGCCUGAAGAAAUUACAACCAUGUCAGGACAGAAACUUCAACUAAAGAUGUCAGUAGAUUACAUUUCUUUCUCUGCUCAUACGGAUUACCAACAAACCAGUGAAUUUAUUCGAGCGCUGAAACCUCCCCAUGUGAUAUUGGUGCACGGAGAGCAGAACGAAAUGGCCAGGUUGAAAGCUGCGCUAAUUCGAGAAUACGAGGAUAAUGACGAAGUUCACAUCGAGGUCCACAAUCCCAGGAAUACUGAAGCUGUGACCCUAAACUUCAGAGGAGAAAAGCUUGCCAAGGUCAUGGGCUCUCUGGCAGACAAGAAACCAGAACAAGGACAAAGAGUUUCAGGAAUACUUGUGAAGAGGAACUUCAACUAUCACAUACUUGGUCCGUGCGACCUGUCCAACUACACUGACCUGGCCAUGAGCACCGUGACACAGACCCAGGCUGUUCCAUACACGGGCUCUUUUACUCUGCUUUACUACCAACUGCAAAAACUAACUAGUGACGUGACAGAAACCGAAGUCCAGGAUAAGCCAGCGUACAGAGUUUUUAAAGCCAUUACUGUGAUCCAGGAACCAGGCAUGGUGGUGCUUGAGUGGGUAGCAAACCCUGCUAAUGAUAUGUAUGCAGACACUGUAACAACAGUGAUACUGGAAGUUCAAUCAAAUCCCAAAAUACAUAAAUCUAUGAUACAUAAACUUCCUAAAAAAAUAGACAUGGAUAUGUAUCACAAAAAGAUGGAGAUUAUGCUACAGGACAUUUUUGGAGAAGACUGUGUAAGUGCAAAGGAAGAUAACAUUAUAAGUGUCACAGUGGAUGGAAAAUCAGCAAAUCUUUCAUUGGACACACGGACUGUUGACCAUGAGCCAGGAUGUGAAGAUGACGAUGAAACUCUUCGGGAAAUGGUGGAGCUGGCUGCUCAGCGACUCUACGAUGCUCUCACCCCUGUACACUGAAC